GACGAGGCAACAGUGCUUGCUGGACUCGGCGCCGGUACCCGCGAUCAGGAUGACCUCGAGCGCGACAUCGGUCGUCAAGCCGACCGGCUCCUCAUUGAGCAGGCCGACGAACGUGACAAGAAGCGUUUGGAGAAGACGCAAAAGACGAAGGAGCUGCUGCAGGGCCAGAUCCACAUUCUCGAGGGCAAGCUGAAAGGUUUCGGGAAUUAUGCAACCAAGGAGAAGUGGCGUGGCGAGCUUGCGGACCAUCAAGACAGAAUUGCUGAGCUGGACCGCGAUGUUGAGCAGAUACAGAAGCGCAUGGAUGAGAGGCAUAACGAGCAGCCCGCGCAGGAUGGCGAGACGCUGCUGGAGGAGUCGGGCAAUCAGCGCCUGCCGGGUGAGAGUCAGCGUGAUUUCCUGAUCCGGACUGGCAAGAUUACGCCAUUUUCGAAGAUGGGCAGGCAGCUACUGAGGGCUUCUUCAAGCUUAGGGGAUGUGUUACUGGAUGCUGAAGAGGAAGGUGAAGCAGAUGCAGAGCCUGAAAUCGUCGAGGAGCAGCCUGGACAAGAAGCGCCACGGUCACAUCGCAAUCUGCUUGCGCCUGGCUUCGACCAACAAGAGGCGAAGUUCGCUUCAGAGCGACCGGCGAAGCGGAGACGACUGCACACGAGACGGCCGGCGCGAGCAGAGUCCGAGAGUGGCGGAUCGCCGGCAGCUGACUCGGACGCUUACGUGCCCGAUGUGGAUGAAGAUGAUAUAAUUGCUGCGGGUGAGACUGGUGAUGAUCUGGAGCCAGAGGAUGAAGAUGCUGAAGGUGACUUCUCGCUGGCUACCACACCCGGCAUCAAACAGAAACGGAAGAACAAGAAGGAGAAAGCUAUCGAAGACGCUGCUGCUGAGACAGAGGAUUUGGCCGGGAUCGAUGACGGCAACGAGACAGUAUACCAAGAGCGGCUCAAAAGUUGGGUACGGAGACGGCGAGCUGCAAGGGUGAAGUUUCGGGACGAACGCAGCGAUGCUGGCCAAGACUCUGAGUCAGGUGUUGACGGGCACGAAGAAUGGCAUAUGCCGCAUCCCACGCGAACAGACACUGUCUUCGAGGGCGGCCUCCGAGUGCCCGGCGACAUUUACCCUUCGCUAUUCGACUAUCAGAAGACAGGCGUGCAGUGGCUGUGGGAGCUAUACUCGCAGCAAGUCGGGGGCAUUAUUGGCGAUGAAAUGGGUCUUGGGAAGACGAUCCAGAUCAUCUCUUUCUUGGCUUCCUUGCAUUACUCCGACAAACUCACGAAGCCUAUCAUCGUGGUCUGCCCAGCAACCGUCAUGAAGCAAUGGGUGAACGAGUUUCACCGCUGGUGGCCGCCCCUCAGAGUGUCCAUCCUGCAUACCUCCGGCAGCGGGAUGCUUGACAUUAAGCGCGAGGCACGCAUCGAGGACGACCUGGAAGUCGACAUGUACGGUCGGAAAAAGGCAACAAUGAACAAAGGCCACAAGGCCGCCAAGCGCAUUGUCGACAGAGUGGUUCGAGAUGGCCAUGUCCUGGUCACGACGUACUCCGGACUGCAGACGUAUGCGGAGCUGCUAAUACCUACGGACUGGGAGUAUGCCGUGCUUGAUGAGGGUCACAAGAUUCGGAAUCCGAAUACCGCCAUUACCAUUUAUUGCAAAGAGUUGCGCACGCAUAACCGAGUGAUUCUGUCUGGCACGCCCAUGCAGAACAACCUCACCGAGCUGUGGUCGCUGUUCGACUUUGUCUUUCCGAUGCGACUCGGCACGCUUGUCAACUUCCGCUCGCAGUUCGAGAUACCGAUCAAGCAAGGUGGGUACGCAAAUGCAUCCAAUCUGCAGGUGGAGACGGCGAUGAAAUGCGCCGAGACGCUCAAGGACACGAUUAGCCCGUACCUGCUGCAACGCUUCAAAGUCGACGUCGCUGCCGAUCUGCCAAAAAAGAGCGAGCGUGUACUGUUCUGCAAGCUUACCAAGCUCCAGCGUGAGGCAUACGAGUGGUUUUUGGCAAGCGAGGAGAUGAAGUCGAUCCUUUCGGGCAAGCGUCAGGCUCUCUACGGCGUAGACAUUUUGCGCAAGAUCUGUAACCAUCCGGACCUGGUCGAGCACAAGACCUUGAGCAAGAAAGCAGGCUACAAUUACGGUAGCGGCCAUAAGAGCGGCAAGAUGCAGGUCGUCAAAGCACUGCUUGAGAUCUGGAAGCGGGACGGCCACAAGACACUACUGUUCGCACAGCAUCGUAUCAUGCUAGAUAUUCUAGAAACGUUCAUACAAGGCAUGGACGGCUUCAAUUACCGCCGCAUGGAUGGCAAUACCUCUAUCAAGGACCGACAAGAUCUUGUCGAUGAGUUCAAUAAAGACCAGGACUUGCACGUGUUUCUCCUCACGACCAAGGUAGGCGGGCUGGGCGUCAAUCUCACGGGCGCCGACCGCGUUAUCAUUUACGACCCGGACUGGAACCCGAGCACUGACGUGCAAGCGCGAGAGCGAGCUUGGCGGCUAGGCCAGAAGCGUGAGGUGGAGAUCUAUCGUCUUAUGACCGCCGGUACUAUUGAAGAGAAGAUAUAUCAUCGGCAGAUCUUCAAGCAGUUCCUAACCAACAAGAUCUUGCGGGAUCCGAGGCAAAGGCAGACGUUUCAGUUGCGAGAUCUACAUGACCUGUUCACGCUGGGCGAGAGCAGGGACGGCGAGACAGAGACGGGCAGUAUCUUCAAAGGCACGGAGGUGCAGCUGAGUGGCGCGAAGAAGACGGCCCGAGUGAAAGAUGAGGAGAGUCUUCCUACACCACCCGAGGACCGAGGUCAUGCUGGUGUCAGCGAAGGCAUUGCAGGCGUGUCCCGGCAGGAGAACUAUCGCGGCAACGUUGACGAAGACAAAGACGACGAAGAGCAGGACUCAGAAGCGAAGAACGAUCGCAUGCUCUCAUCCAUCUUCGCCCGCACUGGCGUACAGAGCGCCCUUGAGCACGAUGCUAUCCUCACCGGCAAGAAGAUUGCGCGAGAGGACCCGGAGACCAUUGCCCGGGAAGCGAAGCGCGUCGCGGCUCAGGCGGCCAAGGAGCUCCAGAGGGCUGGUGAGAUCGCACGGACGGUGCCGGCUGGUGUGCCGACCUGGACUGGCACCUUCGGCACCGCCGGGCGGCCGGACGAGGGGCCGCGCCCCACCCCCUCUGUCCGCGGCGGCCGAGGCUUCGGUGGCGGCCGCGGUGGACCCUCCUCCGCCUCAGUCCUGGCGAAUUUGCAGGCCCGCCAACUCAGCUCACCGGCCGCUUCGGCUUCGUCCGGUGGCAGUCGUGCCGGAACGCCUACAGCGCCGCAUCGUCGCAGCCGACAGGAUGCUCCGCAGCCAAAGGGCAAGGACUUCUUGGUUUUGAUUCGCGACUUCUUGCUCGCGCACAACGGGCAGGCGUAUACGCAGAUGCUGAUUGAUCACUUCAACCGGUACUGCGGGACGCCGCAGCGGACGGCGGAGUUCAAGGAGAUGCUGAAGGUGAUUGCCGAGUUGGACAAGAGUGGAGCGAGGGGUGGGAGAGGGAAGUGGGUGCUGAAGGAGGAGUAUAGA